AUGACGAGCUUUAAGGCCUAUGGAUACUGUUCUUCUGUGCGUCAGGACCCAGCUGCUGAUGUGCUGUAUAUGGCCAUGCUCUCGUUGCCUGAUGUUCUAUGUCUGGGUCUCAUGCUCUGGGCCAGCACCUCCAUGCUUUUUAUCCUGUACAGACACAAGCAGAGAAUGAGACACAUCCAGAGGAUCAGCGUCUCCACCAGAGCCUCUCUCGAGUCCAGAGCUACCAUAAUCAUCCUCUUCCUGUUGAGCGCCUUUGUCUCCUGUUAUACCAUGUCCUGCAUCUACUUGAUUCUUAGGCACUUAAUUGUAGCCAACUUCCUAAGUCUUCUGUGUAGGAGUGUUCCCCAAACCAUGGUGGCUUGGGGCUGGAGAAAUUUCUUCAAUGAUGUGGGGUGCAAAAUGGUCUUCUAUCUUUACCGAGUGGGCAGGGGGGUGGCGAUAGGUAGCACUUGCUCCCUCAGCAUCUUCCAGGCUGUGAGCAUCAGCCAGGGGGACUCCAAGUGGGCAGGGCUGAAGGGGAGAGCCCACAAGCACAUUGUUUCCACCGUCUACCUCAGUUGGGGGGUCUUCCUCCUGGUGAAUAUUGUUUUUCCCAUGCACAUGACCGGACCCAAAGAGCACGACAACAUGACGAUCUUAAAGGCCUAUGGAUACUGUUCUUCCGUGCGUCACGAUCCAGCUGCUGAUGUGCUUUAUGUGACCAUGCUCUCAGUGCCUGAUGUUCUAUGUUUGGGGCUCAUGCUCUGGGCUAGCACCUCCAUGCUCUUAGUCCUGUACAGGCACAAGCAGAGAAUGCGACACAUCCAGAGGACCAGUGUCUCCACCAGAGCCUCUCCCGAGUCCAGAGCUACCAUAAGCAUCCUCCUCCUGGUGAGCGCCUUUGUCUCCUUUUACACUGUGUCCUGCAUCUGUCAGAUUUGCUUGUCUGUGAUUUACAACCCCAGCCCUGUGUUGCACCAUAUGGCGGCAUUUGCUAUGGGCUGUUUCCCAGCCCUCAGCCCUUUCCUACUCAUGAGCGGACACUCCACUCCCUGCAGCCUCCUCUUCACCUGCACAAAGAAGAAGAAAGUGGUCCUCCCCUGA